GCGGGGCAUUCAACUUUCUAUUGACUCGACGUCUGACAUGUUCGUUCAUAUUGUUCUUCGAACCCACCCACCUCGCUCUGCUCUUCCACGUUCCUCGGGGCAACGCUCCUCAAUUUAAGGCAAAAUGGUGCCCAGUCCAGACAUCCUCCCCUCAUUGGAGUCCGUCGGAGAAAUCAUUUCCAAGGCCAGCAAGACCUCGAGCGCCCGCAAGCCCACCCUCGUCCCCGUCUACCGCCAGAUCUCCUCUGAUCUGAUCACACCCUCCGCCGCCUACCUCAAGAUCUCCACGCGCGCCGCCUCCGACGACCGCCAGUACUCUUUCCUCUUCGAGUCGGCCGCUACCGAGCAGCUCGGCCGGUACAGCUUUGUGGGCGCAGGCCCACGAAAGGUCCUCACCACAGGACCGGGCUAUGGCGAGGAGACCGACCCCCUGGUGGGCUUGGAGAAGGAGCUGGAUCAGCAUGUGGUCGCCUCGGUGCCCGAGCUGAGACUGCCUCCCCUCGCAGGUGGCGCGAUUGGCUAUGUGGGAUACGACUGCGUACGGUACUUUGAGCCCAAGACGGCGCGACCAUUGGAGGACAAGCUGCACGUUCCCGAGUCUCUGUUCAUGCUCUACGACACUAUCGUGGCCUUUGACCGGUUCUACGGCGUCAUCAAGGUGAUCAGCUACGUUCACGUCCCCCAGGACGGCCAGGCUUCGAGCCUCGAGGCGUCGUACAACAAGGCAAAGGAGACGAUCAACGACCUUGUCACACUUCUCGACUCACCGAACGUACCUCUGCCAGAGCAAGGGCCCAUUGAGCUAGGACAGGAGUAUACCUCCAACAUUGGGCAAAAGGGGUACGAAGCGCAUGUGACAAAGUUGAAGGAGCACAUUGUCAAGGGCGACAUUAUCCAGGCCGUCCCCUCGCAGCGCUUCGCCCGACCGACCGCGCUGCACCCUUUCAACAUCUACCGUCACCUACGGACCGUCAACCCCUCGCCGUACCUGUUCUACGUCGACUGCAAAGAUUUUCAGAUUGUCGGUGCAUCACCCGAGCUGCUGGUCAAGAGCGAAGAGGGCCGGAUCAUCACACAUCCGAUCGCCGGAACUGUCAAGCGAGGACCUACCCCUGAGGAGGACCAGCGUCUGGCGGACCAGCUACGAAGUUCGCUCAAGGAUCGUGCGGAGCAUGUCAUGCUGGUCGAUCUGGCGCGCAACGAUGUCAACCGCGUCGCUGACCCUUUGACGGUUCGCGUGGAUCGUCUCAUGGUGGUGGAGAAAUUCAGCCACGUCCAGCAUCUUGUCUCGCAGGUCUCUGGCGUGCUCCGGCCGGGCCAGACACGAUUCGACGCGUUCCGGUCCAUCUUCCCCGCCGGCACGGUGUCAGGUGCGCCCAAAGUCAAAGCGAUGGAGCUGAUCGCCGAGCUGGAGGGCGAGAGGCGAGGUGUGUACGCGGGCGCCGUUGGCUACUUUGGCUACGGCGGUGUCGACGAGGAGGGCAACGCUGUCGAGGGCGCCAUGGAUACGUGCAUCGCGUUGCGGACGAUGCUCGUCAAGGACGGCACGGCGUACUUGCAAGCAGGCGGCGGCAUUGUGUUUGACUCGGACGAGUACGACGAAUGGAUGGAGACGAUCAACAAACUCGGCGCCAACAUGCAGUGUAUCACCUCGGCGGAGCAGAUAUACCAUCAACUACAACAGCACAAGCCGUCGUCGCAAUGAGUCGGAUAGGCAUAUGUUCUUGGAACGGGGUAGGUGAUGAAUCCUUCAGGCGAUGCUCAUUAUGUUGGAUAAAUGCUGCCUCCUUUGCUAUGCUACCCACUCCAAAAUAUAUACCAAAAAAAGUCA